AUGUGGACCAUGCCGAGCCUCGGAUCGAAGGUGCGAUGUUUUCUCAUCGUGACCUUUGUCGCGCAGCGCUGCCAAGGCCAACCCUUUGAGCUGGCGCAAACUAUUCCGAAUGUGGGAAUGGCGUGGUCUGCGUUCUCCAUCGAUGGGGUGCAACACUUGGCUCUUGCGAGCUACCACACGGAUUCAAAGGUCUACAAGUUUGAGUCCAGUUCCGGUCUGUUCGUGGAGUUGCAAAGUCUUGCAACAAGAAAUAUUCGGCAUGUGAAAGCCUUUGCAAUCGAGGGAGUGCAACAUUUGGCUUUGGACAUACCAGAACGCCGAGCUUGGCAUUCGGAGCCUUUUGUCAUCGAUGGGGUGCAGUACUUGGCUGUGGCCGAUGACACCGUGGACUCUAAAAUCUACAGAUGGGAUGGGAGCUUGUUCGUCGAGUUUCAGUCCUUCGCCACAAACCAAGCUCGAGCUUGGGCCGCCUUUCAGUUGAAUGGAGCGCAGCACUUGGCUUGGGAACCCGUUGUCAUUGAUGGAGUGCAGUACUUGGCGGUGGCAAACUCUAUGGAUAGCGCAGACAACUACAACCUCGAUUCCAAGGUUUAA